AAAGCCUCGUAAACCGAGCGCGCGCACCACUCGCUCCACCUUUGAAACCUUUCCCGUGCUCCAACGCGCGCCGUGCUCUGCCUCUGCCUCUGCGCGUCCGUGGGCAUGGCCGCCACCCUCGCCGCCUCUCGCCUCCUCCUACUGCUCAUCAGCGUCGCGGCCACCGCCUCCUUCGCGCUCGGGCUCGCCGGCCGCGCGCAGCUGGACCCGCAGCAGCUGCUGGCGCUGCGCGCGCUCGGCCUCGGCGCGCGCCGCGCCGGCGACCCCUGCGACGCGGGCGGCGCCGUGGCCGCGUCCUGCGACGCGGGGGCGCCGUUCCGGCGCGUGACGUCGCUCGCCCUCACCAACUGCUCCGACACCACCUCCGUCUCCGCCGCGGCGCUCGAGGCGCUCGCGCCGUCGCUCCGCGCGCUCGCCUUCUCGGACUGCCCCGCCGCGCCGCCGCGGCUCCUCCCGCCGGAGCAGCUCGCCGCGGGUCUCCUAUCCUUCUCCUGCACCGCGUCUCUCGGCCGCCUCUCCGCGGUCUGGCUCUCCCGCCUCGCCAACCUCACCGAGCUCACCGUCGCGAACACCCCUCUCGCCACCGGCUCCCCGUCCGAGCUGGCCGUGGUCAUCUCGCACAUGGACCACCUCAACCGCCUCACCAUUUCCAAUGCCAACCUAUCCGGCUUCCUCCCGCACCACUGGCACUGCCCCAACCUGACGCACCUCGACCUCUCCGGCAACCGCAUCUCCGGCGCCAUCCCCGACACCAUCACCCACCUUGGCGGCAUCACCCACCUCAACCUCAGCUCCAACGCUCUCAAAGGGCAGAUCCCCGCACACAUCGGUGACCUCAUUUGGCUCACCACCGUGGACCUGUCCAACAACUCCCUCUCCGGCGGCAUCCCGGAGACCGUCUCGACGCUGCCCGAGCUGGAGGUGCUCAACCUGGGCUCCAACCGGCUCAACGGGAGCAUACCGCCGUUCUUGUCCGAGAUGAGGGGCCUCAAGGAGCUCAACCUGGAGAACAACGACUUCGACGGCGUGGUGCCGUUCAGCGCCAGGUUCUUGUCGAGGCUACAGGUGUUCAGGGCGGCCGGGAACGGCAAGCUGUGCUACAACAGGUCGGAGCUCUCCGCCGAGGUGGCCGUGGGGGUGGCGCCGUGCGACAAGUACGGGUUCCCGGUCACGGCUCCCCCGGCAACGGCGCAGUCCGAGAAGAGCACGGCGGGCUACGACGACGGCGGCAGUGACGGUGACGCGGACGGCGGCGACGACGCUCGUGGCGGCCCCAGCGCGGUGGUUCUCGGGCUCGCCAUUGGCCUGUCCUGCUUGGCGUUCGUGAUCAUCCUGGUCGUCUGCCUCUGCAAAGUGUGCAGAUAACGAGGUUGGUUUACCACUGCAUGUGGAAUAGUCGGAUCCGAAAUUUGCUGUUGCUGUGUGGUGUAGCAAUGCAUGUUGCACUCCUAAACCAGCAUAGAUCAAUUGAUCAAUUGAGAAAAAUGACGAAAAAUACAACGAAGAGCCGCAUUUGCAAAGCAGGGUAUUCCUCUUGUUUUCGUUUGCUGGCCAAUGUCGUUGUUAUUAUUAAGUGUUGCCUUUGUGCCGUGGUCGCAUUGUUCUACUGUAUGUAUGUAUGUAUCCACUGCAGUAUCACAAAUUCAGAAGAGUAAACCAGUUAUAUAUGCAGCA